UUGAAAUCUAUAGCUUUUACUUCUUUUAUACUAUUUUAUUAACACUAGAUGGAGCCUUAGCUUAGUUUGAUUUCUCACAUUAGCCGACUUUUUACUGUUGGUGUCAGGGUAGGAUUUUAGGUUGAAGAUUUCCCUGUUUUAUUUUCGUAAACGUAAGAUUUAAAGAUCCUAUCGACAAAUAUUUUCGUAAUAAAUGGUAAUAUCUGCUACGAAUGGCUACUACUGAAGGGAUUAACAAUUACUCAGUAAAAGGGGGGCAAGGAUCAGCUGAUGUAAGUAAACAAAUGGCUGAGAAAUACAUUAGCCCUAUAGUAGAGAGAAUAAGAUUACAAGAUAUCGCCGGAUCAUUAGAUCAAGCUCACAAAUAUUCAUCAGAUUAUAUUAAUACAAUUGAUGAUAGGCCAGUUUAUCCAGAUCAAAGUACCAUUGAUAAAUUAGAUGUUUUUGAUACAAAUCUUCAAAAUGGUGGUGAAGAUAUUGAAUCGAUUCUAGAGUCGCUUCAUACUUAUGGCAGUCCUGCAAGUGUUGCCCAAACUGGUGGUCGUUACUUUGGUUUCGUUUGCGGAGGAAUCCUACCGUCGGCUCUCGCCUCGAAAUGGCUAACUGACGUUUGGGAUCAGAAUGCCGCUCUGUUUGUCAUGUCUCCAGUAGCCAGUAAACUUGAACAAGUUGUUGAAAAAUGGCUAGUUGACCUAUUAGGUCUACCGGAGGAAACUGUCGCUGGGUUUGUUAGUGGUAGUUCAACGGCUACAAUUAUUGGAUUGACUGUUGGACGCAACUAUCUUUUAACAAAAGCCGGCUACAAUGUUUUCGAAGGAGGCCUAUUUAACGCACCGCCAAUAAAAGUUGUCUUGGGAGAAGGUUCCCAUUCAACUGUUUAUAAGGCUCUUUCAAUCGUUGGAUUCGGUACGGCGAAUAUCGUUAAAGUUCCGGUUGACGACCAAGGCCGAAUGACCGCCGAUCAACUACCUCGGCUGGAUGGUAGAACGUUGUUAAUUUUACAAGCUGGACACGUGAAUUCCGGUUCUUUCGAUGAUUUUCAAACUAUUUGUCAGAGGGCAAAGGAGGUUGGCGCCUACGUUCACGUUGAUGGAGCGUUUGGACUAUUUGCAAUGGCGAAUAAGAGAUUCAAUCAUCUAACUAAGGGUGUUGACUUGGCAGAUUCGUGGUCGGUUGACGGGCAUAAAACCUUAAAUACUCCGUACGAUUGCGGCGUCAUCCUAUGCAGACAUAGGCAGCAAUUAAUCAACUCGAUGCAAAUGACAGGUUCCUAUAUCAUUGUUAGCGAAAAUCGAGAUAACAUGGUCUAUACAACCGAAAUGUCGAGGCGUGCAAGAGCUAUUGAAAUGUGGGCCAGUUUAAAAAGUCUCGGUAGGGAUGGAGUUGGCGAAUUGGUAUGGGAAUUACACAAGAAAGCCGUCUAUUUUGGAGAAAAACUCGAAAAGGAGGGAUUAGAAAUUUUAAAUUCUAUAGUCUUUAAUCAAAUCCUUGUACGCCAUAAGGACGACAAUAGGACUAAUUUACUGUUGAAAUCAAUCCAGAAUUCUGGUGUCUGUUGGCUUGGCGGAGCAAAAUGGAAUGGAAAGUCUGUUAUACGUAUCAGCGUUAGUUCAUUUAGGACAACCUACGACGAUAUAGACGUCUCUGUUAAGGACAUACUAAGACUUAAAGAUGAACUUGAACAUAAUGAUUCAAUUUAAAUCCAUUCGUAUCUAUUUCGACCUUGUAAUUUUUGUGUUAUUGUAUUGAAAAGGGGGUCGUUACAAACUCGAGAAGGAUAAAUGACAAGUCAAUUGCUUACUCACACUCUCUUUGCCAUUCAAAACAACUCUAUUGAUGAUUUCCUUUAAUUUAAAAUUAUUUGUUGGUUGGCAAUCGAACGAUAAUAGAGUAUAGUCGUUCGUUGCACUGUUAGGAUGACACAAGUGUCCGUACGAGGACUUUUCAUUUUCGGUGUUGUUCAUAUUGCUAAAGACGGUUUGUCUCGAACUGUCGUCGGCCGUUUUAAUAACUAUUGGAUUAUAGAUAGUUAUCUUUGUGCCUUGGUCACUUUUAACUUUCAACUGCAGGAAAGAGGACGCCGAAUGGAGUGGAACGCAAACGAAGAUGUACUGAUCAAAGAAGUUGUAGUAGGCCGAAAAUUUACAUUUUACGCUGUCCAACAGAGUAAGCUGUCUUCCGCCUGAGGAAUAAGAAAGUAUUGGGUAGAAUUUAAGUAGUUUUAGUAGUUAAGUGUAGAGAUCAACAAACAGAAAGUUUACGGAUGAAGUGAAGUUUAUAGAUUGUAGAUAUGAACGUUCGUUUGGAUCUCCUAUACCGAAUUUUACUUGACUUCCGGUAAAUUCAAACCAGAAAUCGUUCCAUUCGUCGCAAUCGACCAACGAUCCUGCAUGACUUAACUUAUGACUUUGAGCGGUGGGAUACACCAUGUUCAGGAGGGAUUCUUCGUUCGAAAGGGACGAACAAUCGUCGGUGAAACCAGCAAGUUGACCCUUAACGCGGAAGGCUAUAUAAGUGAAAUUAUUAUGUAAAAGAGCGGGAACGGGGUAAGCGUAAUUCGUUUUAUCGUCUAUUGCGUAGACUUUCUUGUCAGCGGCUGAAGGCAAAAACAAAAAAGGUGCAUAAUUGGAAGAAACUGACUUAACCAAAUACAGUAUACUAUAUACAGUCGUUACCAUAUAUUUGAAUUGGACCAAAUCCGACAAGAACACCAUUGGUUGGUUCAAUCUGUAAUAUUUCUAGUCGGACGGAGGUCUCUGUCGUCGUCGAUUGUCCAUUAUAGGUUAAACACAUUGUCGUCCAGCCACUUUUCAACAUCAUAAAUUGAACGUGCAAAGAACUCCACGUUACUUUCAACUGUUUGACAGACGAGUCUGGUUCUAUUCUAUUAUUAUCAAAUGUUGUUUGGCAAACAACAUUCUUAAGUGAAUAUUUUCAUCAUAUUUCAACGAUUAUACCUAUUUUUAAUGCAUAAACGGUCUGGUUUGGUUGGGUAUGCAAACGUUAUAGUGGCAGAUUGUCCAAUGCAGUCCGGCGCACAAUUCAAAGUCCACUCUUUGUAAUAUAGCUCUUGCAUAGUUUUGGAACAUGGAUUUUCUUGGGAAAAACUAGUUUGGUGGCAAGUUGCUCCUAAAAGAGAGUCGGCCACAUUUGUAUAGAUUUUAUCAUCUUCCAUCAACGCUUCGUCUAUUUAAAUGUAAAGGGGCGAAUUUCGUUAAAAUACGCAGUAUCAUACUGUAUAUAGUAUACUCUGCAUGUAUAUAAUAUAUACACUACAUAUAGUAUUUAUACAUACCGUCGUAAGCAAAGACGAGUAUUGACUCGUAACCAAGUUUCUAAAGGUUACUAUGAAGUUCGUCAACUUGAAGUUUAAUGCUAGAAACUGAAUGACCUGUGCCUUGUUUUAAUAAAAAGCACGUUGUUCGAACAUUCAACGUGUAUACUGCUGCGCCUGCAUUUCCUCCGAAACUAACUCUAACUUUUUUUGGUUUAUAUUGAUCUUUUGCUUUAUGCAAAAGUCAAGUAUAUCGUAUUCCUUCCUAAAAUCAAUGGCAAUCCAUUCGUUGAGGCACUCUUCAAACUGGCAAGAAGUCACCCAGUCAUCGAAUCCUUCCCAACUUGGAAUCAUUGCUUUGUCGCAUCCGAAUGAAAUACCUCUCCAAUCGGGGAAAUGAGAGGUAGAUGAGCAAGUAGCCGAAUUUUUCAGAUUAGCGAUAUUUAUUAGUUUUCCCUCUGCAACAAUUGACAAACAGUAUACAAAUUAACAGACGAAACGCAGAAUGUCGACAAAAAAAACCGUACUGGUUUUCCUUAAUCCUGCCGUCGAGCAGGUAUCCGAUAGCAGAAGUAUUACGAAACAUAAAGACGGAAACCGCAUUCUAAAUCCGUAAGAGAAGAGGACGUUAGCUGCCGUGGUUGAAAAGUGACUAUGAGUUUCAAGAAUUUCUAACUAUAGCUAAUAAAAAACACGUUAAAAAUGAAAUAACUUUUUGUUUACAAGGGUUAGGG